AUGGUUACAGCAGGUAUCGGCCUCAUUCAUUCAAGGCAAAUGAUGGCCUCUGUUGAUCCAAACAUUGCUCCAUUGUUGGUAACCUCCAUUGUUGGUAAUGCUUCCAACUCUGCUCAAGCAUGGACAAUUCUUCACAACACCUAUGCCAACAAAAGUCAUACACGCAUUUAUAGCUUGUGCGAUCAACUCAGUCGCAUACAAAAAGAUGACAAAAGUAUCACCGAAUAUCUUCAUAAAAUUCGUGAAAUUGCCGAUGAACUUGUUGCUGCAGGUUCUCCAAUGGCGGAACCUGAGCUUACUGUUAAAAUUCUCAGUGGUCUAAACUCAAAUUAUCGAGAAGUAGCAGCUGCAAUUCGCAACAGGAGUGUCCCAAUUGAGUACCCAGAACUUUGUGAAAAACUUCUAGACCAUGAACUUUGUCUUCAAAGUGAAGUAAAAUCAGUCUCCUCAGCUAUUCCCACAGUUGUAGCUAGUCAAGCUACGUACACUGCUUGCAAUGGUCGAUCCAAUCGGUGUUUUUCUAAUAAUACCCAGCAACCUUCCAACUUCCAGCCAAACCAGUGGCGUCCAAAUAGACCAAAUCACUAA